AUGCUCCCCGCCCCGGUGGUGAUAGCCCGGUCCGAGGUGCAGAGCUCGGUCCAGCUCGCACCGCUGGCCGAGUUCCUCGCCGGGCUCACGGAGAACGAGCAUCUGAACAAGCUCAGCGACAUCCUCGACCGGUUUCGCACACCCAAGAGCUACCACCGCGUCGACAUUCGCAUCGUGUCUUCCAGCGACCUCCCACCUAGCCCCGGUAAGGAGGGGGCUGACGUGGACGACUACACGCUCAUGAAGUGGAGCAUGGAGCGCGGCGACCCCAUCAUCGUUGACGACCAGCCAGAGGCGGGGCCAAGCGGAACGAACGUGCCCGGCGACGCCGAGGGAAGGGAGGGAAUGGACGUCGACAUCGACCCGAACGGGCAGCCGGAGAUUGAUCGCGAAACGCAGCCGUCUGUUGCGGAUGGAGAGGAUCUCGCGCGCCGCACGCAAAAUGAAGGGCGCGAGGAGUCGCCCGCGUUAUCGCUCCCCGAGCAGCUAUUCUCAGACGGCUCGUCCCCAGCGAAAGACAACGAAACGCCCUUCCACUCUGCGCCCCACAGUCCGGAGAAGAAUGCCGAGAUGCGCGCCGCUGAAGCCUCCCAGUCGCUUUCUGGCGUCGCAACUGCGGAGAAGGAGAAGGAAGAGGAAAAGGGGAAGGAGAAGGAGAAGGAAGGUGACCAGGGAAGGAAGAGGUUGAGCGCCGGCAUGCCGAUUCCGCUACCGCCGCCUGCGGCUGCUUUACCGAUGGCCGUCCACUUCCAGUUCGGAUUACCGCCACCAGUGGUGCCAGCGCCCGCGGAGAAAACGACUGUGUCGGCAGCUGUCACCACCGAGCCGACUGCGCAAAGUACGGAGCAGCCCGCACAGGAGGCCACGACCGCGGAGACUUUGAACGAGACCGCUGGAUCAGCGGAGCCGCUACCCACAACGGCGACCGUUGACGGCCAGGGAGACAAGGGAGCCGCCGCGUUGGAGCCGGAGGGCCCAGCGGCCGAGACCGUGCCGGCGGCCCAAGCGCCGGUGCCCGAAGACGUGCCGCCUCUUGCUCCUGAUGCUUCUGCCAACACUACAUCCGCCGCCCAGCCUGCCGACGGCGACGAGGAGCUAAACCAGGUGCUCGCUGACAAGGACGCCGCUCUGGUUGCUAUCGUGGACGCCUCCCGCUCUCCGUCCCCGUUCACGCCCUCUCACCCUCCCCCUCCUGGCGGCUCUGCGCGCUUCGUUCGCGAGCUUCGUCUCGACCUCCGUACGCUCGACAGUGCCGCUCUCUUCGAGCUGGAGACGUGGCGCCGCGAGGUGCUUGGCCUGCCGCCCAUGGACCGUAUCGUCCCCGACUCGAUUUGGUACCAGCAGGUGGAGCCUGUCCCGCCCACUAAGAAGAAGGGGCGCAAGACCAAUGCUGAGCGCGAGGCUAUGCGCACCGAGGAAGCCGCGAAAGCAGCAGAGAAUGGACAGGCUGAAUCUGAAGGUGAGGAAGAGAUCGAGCCCGAGGAAGAGGAAGACGACAUCGAGGUGCCAUCCGACAAAGAGGAGGACUACGUUCCACCAGCAAAGGCGAAGAAGCUCGGCACUGGACGUCCGCGAGGGCGUCCGCGAAAGUCUGAGACGGCACCGGAAGCGGAGCAGGCUCCUGGGGGUGCAGUUGCUGCGGCUAGCACUGCGAAUGGAGCGCAGCCGAAGAAGCGAGGUCGCCCGUCCAAGUCUAAGCCGGCGGAGUCGAGCUCCACUCCGAUGGAGGUUGAGGAAACGGAGCACGUGCUCGACCUGCUCGGACCCGCUGCGCUCUCGCCUUCCCCGGAACCUGUUCCUGUCCCAGUCAAGCGCGUAAAGCCUCGCCGGUCGAUCGUCGAAGUGGUCAUUCCUUCGCCGGCACGUUCAUUGGCGUCUCCUGCGACCAGGUCGGUGCCUCGCAGUCGCAAGCAGUCUCUGAAAGAGACAGCGAAAGAGACGCCUACCCGCGCUCGUGACCGGAAGAGCACUGCCAUGGACGAAACGCUUGUCUCUCCUGCUCCACGCCGCUCGCGCCGCUCCAAUGUCGCCUUCGAUCUCGAAGGAUCCCGCCCGCCUUCAUCGUCUCCACCCGCGCCGACCCGGCGAACCCGUGCCUCGCAGGCUGCUGCGUCGUCGGCAUCAGCGUCCCCUCCUCCCGCACCUGCCGCCAAGAGCACGCGGAGAACGUCCAGAGCGGCUGCGGAACUGUCGUCUGCUUCUCCCAUUCGCUCACCGUCACCCUUACCAGUUCUGCGGACGCAUGGCAAGGCUGCAGCCUCGCCCACUCCUCCGCCGGCACGCCGGACGCGCCACUCCGUUGGGGUUGUUGAACCAUCCCCAGCGCCUGCAACACGUCGCACACGACAGUCUCAGGUCACUGUUGAGCCUACUCCUCCUCCUUCCCGCAAGCGCAAGGCGGUGGAGACAGCAAGUCCCGCCCCUGCAGCUCGUCGUACGCGGCACUCGGUCGCCGAGGAGGCUGCGGCUACUCCACCUCCCAGCAAGCGGCAGACACGCAGCUCCGGGCCAGCUGUUCUCCCGGAGCCUGAGCCAUCGUCGACCCGCAAGCGCCGUAUCUCGGUCUCGAGCGACCAUGCGAGCCCGGCGCCAGCAAGCAAGCGCACUCGUGCGGAGCCGGCGAAGCGUCACACCGCCAAGCGAAGCGGCGCCUUACCCCCGAAGUCGAAGGUGACCGCGCGGCGCAGCGGUGGAGCUCCGCCCGCAAAGGCGGCCACGCCGACGCCCCCUCCCGCGCCGAGAGCCAAUCGCACUAGCGGUGCUCUGCCGGCCAGGUCUUCUCCCGUGAGGGCUCGGCGCAGUGGCGGAGCGCUGCCUUCCAAGACUGACUCGUCGCCCGCGCCUCGCGCCCGACGAAGCGGCGCCUUGCCUCCCAAGGUUGCAUCACCUCCAGCCCCUCGCGCCAAGCGCAGCGGCGGCGCUCUUCCAUCCAAGAAGCCUGUCAUGGCUAAGCGCAGUGGCGCGCCUCCCAAGCCUGCGGCUAGGGCUACGAGAGCGCGUGGCGAUGUGUCCUCUUCAUCCCCCGAACCGUCGCCUUCAGCCCGCGCCAGAUCCACGCGCUCGGAGACGCGCAACGAGCGCCUCGACUAUGUGGAUCUCCCAGCGCCCAGAGUCAAGCUCGAUAUGACACUGAAGCGUGGGCGUGAGUCUUACGGACGCAGUGUUGUCCUCAAAGUUCAAGCGGACGAGGAGGAGGGGUCUGACGACGAGUGGCAGAUGUUCCGCAACCUCUGA